AUGGCCUCGAUUGUUUUAUCAGCCUCGAGCUUAGAAGGCAUUUGUGGAUGUACCCAAUGUCCUGAGUGUAAGCCUCCGGGACAACGAAGUGCUCCAGGUGUGGGAAUUGACCUAACAAUGGCAUACGCCACCGCCGCAAUGCAAUUCAAGAAUGGCACUGUCCGAGAUCUCGCCAAGAUAGAUGGCUCCGCGGAGCACAGUGCAGCUAUGAGAGCAAUAACAGCAGAUGCUACGAACAUUCGGAACGGACUCAAUUCCUCCUUGUAA